UCGUGCGCACUUGUAAGCGUCUUUCUCAGUGCGUGUCUCUCCACUGUGGGAUGUUACACCGAUGACAACUCUUUGGACUUUAACAUGUGCACGGAGGAGAGCGGCAACAGACACUUUUGCUCACACUCGUCAGAGAACACCUCUUGAUGACUUUCUCACCGCUGGACGCCACAUCUGGACCCGGGACGAGACCUGACCUCUCUUUUUCUUUGACUUCACUUUCAGGUUGGAAUAUUGGACUAGCUCUCCAUAACAUCCUUUUUUUGUUCUUAAAAAAAGUUUUUUUUUUGGACUUGGACUUCUUAAUGCCAAAAGACAACAAAAAAUGGAACACUCAUCAGUCAUCAGAGUGACAUGUAUUUUGGUUUUUAUCUGUCUCCUUGAUAAAAGGGUAGACGCUAAUGAAAUCCUUGGCCUGAAGCUCCCCAACAUCGACCCGAUUCUGAAUGCCAACACAGUGUGCCUGACACUGCCGGGCUUGACCCGGCGACAGCUGGAGGUGUGCAUGCGCAACCCUGAUGUGACGGCUUCAGCCAUCCAGGGAAUCCAGAUUGCUAUCCACGAGUGUCAACACCAGUUCAGAGGGCACCGAUGGAACUGUUCCAGCCUGGAGACGAGGAACAAAAUACCUUACGACAGCAUUGUCUUCAAAAGAGGUUUUCGAGAAAGCGCCUUUGCGUAUGCCAUUGCAGCAGCAGGCGUGGUGCAUGCUGUGGCCAACGCCUGCUCCAUGGGCAAACUGAAAGCCUGUAGCUGUGACGAGAAGCGACGUGGCGAUGAGGAAGCCUUUCGCAUCAAACUGCACCGCUUGCAACUGGAGGCCAUCCAUCGAGGGAAGGGGAUGGUACAUGGUGUCAUGGAACACUUCCCUGCCGAGCUUCCCGGACCCCAGGACUCAUGGGAGUGGGGCGGCUGCAGUCCUGAUGUGGAAUUUGGAGAAAAAUUCUCACGCGACUUCCUGGAUGCCCGUGAGACCUACAGAGACAUCCAUGCCCGUAUGAGGCUUCAUAACAACCGGGUUGGCAGACAGGUGGUGCUAGAUCACAUGAGGAGGAAAUGCAAGUGUCAUGGGACAUCAGGAAGCUGUCAGUUAAAGACUUGCUGGCAGGUCACUCCCGAAUUCCGUGUGGUUGGCUCCAUCCUCAAAGAACGUUUCCACAUCGCCACACUUAUCAAGGCCCACAACCGCAACACCGGGCAGCUGGAUCACUCCCACCACAACAACAACAACAACCACCACAACCAUCACAACAACCACCACCACCAUCAUCACCACCACCAUCACACACACCGCCGCAGGCCAAGCAUCAAUGACCUUGUCUACUUUGAAAAGUCACCGGAUUUCUGUGAGCGAGACCUGGGUUCGGACUCAGCGGGAACGCAGGGACGGAUCUGCAACAAGACCAGUCCAGGCAUGGACAACUGUGAGACACUUUGCUGCGGAAGAGGCCACAACAUUCUGCAGCAGACACGCAGUGAACGUUGCAACUGCAAGUUUCACUGGUGUUGCUACGUGGUAUGUGAAGAGUGCAGGAUAACAGAAUGGGUCAGUGUGUGCAAAUGAAGAAGUAUUGAAAAAGACUACAAGAAAAAGAAAGAAAAAUAACAUUUAAAAUUGAGAUUAUUGACAAGAAAGUGGUCUGUGACUGUGAGAUAUGUGCCCCGCUCCAUGUUGCGUUUGGCUUUGCGGGACAGAGGAGCAGAACUCUGCGAAGAGCUUCAGGCGGCAUAAAUUUGCAUGUUGGAAAGAGACAUGCCCAAAGCUGUCACAACUCUGCAAGCAUGGAUGUUUUGCAUUUCUUUUGAUACAAAGAAGCACACUUCUAUCAGGUAUAUGAAAGCGAUAAAUGCAAAAAAAAAAAAAAAAGGAAAAAGGAACGGCACCGCACUCUGAAACCCAUACACACAGACAAUAACACUAUUUACAGCAUAAACACCAUGUUACAUAACAUUUUUAUGUCUUAUAUUUACAUGUACAGUAACAAACAGACUGUUUCACAACAAGAAUUUGUUGGAGCAUGCCUGGAGCACAGAGAUGUCAGGCACUGUUCAAGGGCACUUAGGAAAUGAAAUGUGUAUAUAUUUGUAUGCAAUAGCCUUGGACAGUCCUUAAUUCCAUCAGUGAAUAUUAAAAUAUUAAAAGUGUGAUGUACACACCAGCUAAAGGCAAGCAAAUUGGACCAAAACAGAAUGUACCACUUCUAUGACAGGAGGAGGACUUUGAGGAAAAAAGCAUGGCCUCAAUCCGAAAUCAAAGACUGAAAUUUAAUGACAGUUGAGAGAGUGAUCUGAUAAUCUGAUUGCUGCUGCGGCUUCCUGGGAUUUCUCCUAUCAGACCUGAGCAAUUGGAACCAUUUCCUUCCCUUUAAUAGAGGAUGUUGAAAUAAAAGCCACCUCAAUUAGCUCUGGAUAGAAAAGGCACAAUCACAGUCACGCUUUAUCAUGUAAAACGACUGUCAGCGUACAGUGCCCAGUGGAUCCCCGAGAUUGGCAUUUCCUGUAAAUAUGUAUAAUUAUAAUAAUGCUGUAUGAAUGGAAUGAGCACAUGAACACGUUUUAUCAUGCCAUGUGCUGUGUGCAACACUGUGUGGCCUUUGUGUUACGUAUACACAGUACCUACACUCACACUUUGUAAGCACACCUGUGGAUAUUCUGAUGUCAACCUCCAAGUCUACCAAUAAGAAAGCUGACAUGGUUUCUGCAACAUGCAAACUUCUAAGCUGAUAAAAUGUACAAGAGUUGGCUGGUUUGUGAAAAAAAAAAAGAAAAAAAAGGCUAAUUUAUUUCAAGUAAAUAUGGUCCUGUGUUGAAAGUACAGAAAACAGGAAUCUUGUUUCUGGUGUUUAACUGAUUUAAGUCUGUUUGCACAAGCAGAACUUUAUCCAGGAAACUCUGGGAGUAUUUUCUCAUGAAUUCAUGUAAAAUGUGUAUUUUUUUAUGUUUUUAUAUGUUUGUUAUCUAAGUUAUUUUAUUUUUGUGGAUAACUUAAUAUUUGUACAACAAUAAAGAAAGAGCAUUAUUCUCAUAUGGGUAUUGAAUAAGAAGAAAUAAUAAUCAAGAUGAAAUUAUUGUUGCAAGAUAGCUGCUGCCUGCAAUUGAUCCUAAAUUAAGCUAAAUGCAGAGUGGGACUACUUUAGCGAUCAGAAAGAUAAUUUCCAUCUUCUUACAUUGAUGAUCACUAUUUACAUAUAUUUUUGCAGAUGCACAAAUGUGGUAGAUUUAUCGUGUUUUUCACAUAUUCCACAUAGAUGUUGCAUUUGGAUUCAGUCAUUAUGCUUUCUAGUAUUUACACCAGGGGUGGCCAAAGGGGGGGCAUUUGUGGCCCAUGGCUUUUGACCAGCAACAUAUUCUAAAAAUAUAAUUUCACGAGAAAACUACAACAACAAAAAUGGAAAAAAUCAGUAGUAGAAUAUAUUAAUAAGAAUUAAGUCCAACUAUUCAAAGAAAAAAGUUGUCAUGAGAAAAGUGGUAAUUUUAUGAAAAUAAUGUAAUAUGAGGGAAAGUAUUGUAGUAGCACACAAUUCAAAUAUUAAAGUAAAAACUUUAAAAAGUCCAACAAACUAUCCUUAUUUUCCACAAGAUAAGGUGCACCUGAUUGUAAGGUGCAGUCUCUUUAUUUCUGUACUGAACACAUACAUAAGGUGCCCUGUGGUAUUAGGUAUAUGCUAAAUAUACCUAAUAGGGGCUAAAUGUCAAAUGCAAGAGCAAACUCAGUGCUGCAACUCACUGGAUUAUUAAACGACUUGUUGAUUUUUUGAAAAAAUUAAUGGAUUUUAUGUGCACCAUGUAGUGCGGAAAAUAUGGCAAUGAAUAAAGUUGUAAUGGAAACUUGGGUUGCAGAAAAAGUCAAAAUUAAGUCGAAAUAUUAUGGGAAUAAAAGCAUGAUGACAAGAAAAUGACAAUAAGGAAACUGAUUUUUUUUUAAAAAUAAAACAGGUCAUAGUAUUAUAAGUAAAAACCAAAAAUAAAUAAAGUUGAGUUUUUAAAAUUGAGUUUUUUGAAAAACGCCAAUAAUUAAAAAAAAAAAGUCAUCAAGUCAUAAUUACGAGAAAGUUGAAAUUGUUGAAAACAAAAAAGUGAAAAAUGUUUCAGUGUUUGGCCCCCCAUUGUCAGCAUUACAUUUCCUGCUGCAAACAUCAUUUCUGUGUACGCUAUAUAGAGUUUUGUCCAUGAAGUAUUUAAGAUAUGGAUAUUUUUAUUUUCCUACUUUUUUCCAGUCUGUACAUACAACUAUGAAUUGUUGAAAGCAAAUUGUUUAUUUUCCAUUGGGUGUUACCAUUCUGACAUGGGAACAUACUAUGUGUAUUUAUGUG